CCGGAUUAUUCGGACUUUCGGUAGGAAGACCAUUUCCUUGAAAGUCCGUUUAUAUGGCACAUUCUUGACUCGAAGGGAUAUCACAGGGAGAAAUGUCAAGUAACCACAGCCAAGAAGAUCAUGCUGAUACCCAACCAGGCUACAAGUGGAUACAUUGUUCGCGGAAAAUUUUUGAAAUUUCAUUUUCAGGUGGGAAAAAUUCUCAGGAGGCUGUAUGAAUUCGAGGCUGGGAUUACGCCAACAAAUGUCAAUGUACUUCGUUGCCUCAGGAGAAUUGCAUAGCUGUGAAAAUUGCAAAGAAUUCUGUUGAUAUCGGAGAAAGAUGGGGGUGUUGGACAUCCCAGCACAUCGAAGAUUGAUUAGAGAAGCAAUUGCAUUUGACAACUCGCAUGUUGAAGAAUAUCACAGUGAUGAAAAUAUUGAACAGCAUGCUGCUGCAAAUGGGAGGCCACGCAGGCAGAGGACUCCUAAGCUUGGUAGAAAAGUCUUUGGCUCUCAUGAAGUGAAGAGGGGCAAUGGUGUUAGAAGACAAAGAAGGAAUGAAAAUUUGUUUUUCUUAUAUUCAUUGGUUGAUGGAGUCGACCCAGAUGAGUUGCAAGAUGAAGAUGAUAUGAGAAUGACUGCCUUUGGAGAGCUUUUUGCAGAUCCAACAAAAAUGAGGGCAUGGGCUGAGUUUAUGGUGAUGACAGAAGAGGACCAGAUAUCUUUCCUAGAUGCAUCUAAUAAAAGUAGAAGUAACAGAAAUAAUGACGAUGGAACUGAGGAAUCUCAUCUAGAGAAAGACUUUGAAUGGGAGAAUCAAAAUUUUGUGAAAAUUAACAAAAACAUUCGAGACUUUCUGCGAAGUGAGGAUCUUUCAAAGGAAUCUCUAGCUGAAUAUGAAGAAGACUUGAUAACUUCAUUUUUUGAAUCUGCAUUUGAUGUGCUUGUUUUGGAUGUCCCAUCAAGCUUUGAUAGGAUGAUGAUUCAUGGCCUUUGUCAGUACAUGCAACUGCAAGCUUCAACUUCUUUUUUAGCACAUAAGUUCAAGAAAAAACGUCUCAUGGAGAUUGAAAAUCAGGCUUCUCCACUCACACUGCCAAGUCAAUUACUAUCAAGCUAUUUAAAUACAAUCCACAAGUAAAUUGCAGUUUAAUGCAUUAUUUCGACAUAAUGAUUCUAGUAUAUUUUCCAUGUAAUGAGUAACUAUACCAGAAUUUUCUUUUAAAAGAUCCCUGAUUUGUUUGAAUUUCUUUGCAUGUGAAUUCUUCCUUGUUUAGGAUUUAUAUUUUUGAUAAUCCUCUUAAUCCAUUUUCAAACGAAUCGAGGUUUGACAUUGCUCUUACAUUGAGUAAGCCUGUUGGACUAUUCAAUUCAAUUUUUUCAUAUAAUGCUUCCUAAAUAUACAGCUGUACCCCAUGAAAAACAAAAGUUAUCAAGCAUGGGCCUCUAAUAAUAAAGAAACAGUAAGCUGAAAUCAUUACAUACAAGCUACAGGCAGCAUUCAGAUCUUUACUUGCAACUGACAGCGCCACAAGUGGUGGGUGACGCCGAAGAAGUGGCGGAAAUCGAGUUUUACGAGUAGCAAGGCAAUUUCUUGUUUGAGCCGCCGUUUUCUUCUAAAAAAUGACUGACUUUCGUAGAAGAUUGUCCAAGCCAUAAUGAAUUGGCGGGGCUUGGAACGGUUCGCCUAUUCCACAGGUUAUGGAAUUCCGACUCUGUUUUGGAGCCCCCUCUGUCCAGGGCCGGCGAAAGGUAUUUUAAACUGGGAGUGCCAAAGGAUUUUAAAAAAGAUUUAAAAAAAACACACAUUGCUAGAAACCAAAAUGGGAGGAAGGGAACAGGAAAAGAGAAGAGCGUUGAAGAGUCUCCCAACAAUCACGAUAAGCCCCACCCAAACGCUUAAUUACCCUCAUCAGAGCAAAGGGACCAACAACGCCGUGUAGAAACCCAAAAUACAGAACUCCUGCUGCCCUAUAUCCCAAAUGUAUCGACAAGUGCACACAAGGACCAAUUACUAGAAUGAAACCAUGAUAAAUGACACCCAAAGGGGGAAAGACAAUUCGGAUAAAAGUAAAACCCCUAGCAAAUCAAAUUCUACAACAUCCUACGUGAAAUUAACUAUGAUAAAAUUUCAUUUUAUCCGCAUUUAAUGAAGCUUAGUUUAGCAAUAAAAAAUGAACACAAGUAUAAAUUUUCUUCCUGGCAGUUCCCUUGCACUUAAUAGCUUGUACUCCCUCUAUCCGUAACAAGUUUGUCUGUUAACAAACAGACUUUGUGGACCAGGUUAAGGCUAAAGAAAAAAAACAAAACUCCUGCACAAAAUUAUUCUGGCUUUGGUUUUGCACAUUGAUCUAAAUCAUAAAUCCAAGGUCCCACAAUGGUUUUGAUAAUCAAUUUUUCAAAAACUGCUGCUUCUAGAGUGCAACGUGUAAGGCACAACUUGGAUAAUGAUUCGAUUCCUUCGAUCAAUUUCCCAUCACUCUUAUUAAAAUGUUAAAUUCUGGUCAAUGUUCUAAUCAAUAUUUAAAUGGUAAAGCAGAAUGGUAAAUUACAGUUCUUUUUACAUUUGCCUAAUAAUUUUGCUUUGUUCUGCAGAAAAGUGGGGGCAUGGCCCCCGGCUCCCCGUUUCGCCGGCCCUGUCUGUCUCUAUUUUAGAUCCCUUUUUUUCUAGUUCUUCAUUAAGACGUUUCUGGAAAGGAAAACGCAAUGAAUGCGUGUGCCAUGAAAUAAAAGUUUUUGCCAAGGGGGGGCAUGGUCCCCCGCGCCCCCUUCGUCAGAUGCCUUGGUGAUAAGUUUGUUACUAAACAUAACAGGACGUGUUUUAGUUUUCUGGCAACAUUAUUAUUUUCCUUUUCAUAAUCAUCUCCUAAUUUUAUUUCACUUUUCAUGAAACAAAUUACAUCAACUUCUUAAUAUCCUAAUUGUGUUUGUAAUCUUAACUGGUAACAAGAUCUGGUUUGUAGGGAAAGGUAAGUAGGUGCAUGUAUGGAUACCGAAAAGAGACAUCCCAUUCUUUUCUAUAGUUGGCCCCUCUUAUAUACGAUAUUAAGCCGGUUUUGGUAAUAUAGUCGCAAAGCAUGCUGGUUGCGCAAGAGCCUUUAAAAACAGCAGUCACUUAUUAUGACCUUGAUUUUUUCUGAAGUAAUGUAUCAAUUAAGAACCUCUUAACAAGGAAUGGAAAGAAAUAACUUCGAUAUUAAUGCUCAUGUAAUUGAUUUCUGAAUAUCAGCUACAAACAGAUUGACAUAUAAAAUAUUUAAUAAACUUCAUACAAAAUGUAAAAUGCAAACAUAUUGCUUAAAAUUGCAAGGGAAAAUGAUAUUCUCUGAAAUACUUAUUUCUUAGAACAUAUGGAUGGAAAAAUUAGCUUUGCAAUAAGAAUGAUUUUUUCAUUCUGCGAACGGAAGCAAUUGAUAUAUCUAUACUAUAACAUUACGUUAUUUUGGCAAGCGAUGCAAUGGCUGAUAAAUUUUCUGAUGAAAGAUUGAAAGCAGGGGGUUU